AUGAUUGAUGCCUACUUCCGAAUGUUCCAUCUCAGCUACCCCAUAGUGCACGAACCUACCUUCCGAGCACAGUACUCGCAAGUGAUCUCUCGUCCGCAUGGCGAUUCGUGGCUGGUGCUUGCAUAUGUUGUUGCGGCCAUCGGCGUGUUCACUUCGGCUAUUUCGAUGGAUGACAAUCUUGACCUCGGCCUUUUUGCCCAGGCCAGGUCAAUUCUGUCUUUCAACUUCCUGGAAAUUGGCAACCUCACGCUCGUUCAAGCCUUGACGCUCAUUGCGAACUAUCUGCAGAAGAGGGAUAGACCCAAUUCGGGCUAUAACACUUUAGGUAUCGCGGUCCGAAUGGCCAUGGGUCUAGGUCUACACAAGGAAUUCCAGGGUUGGAACAUCUCCCCCCUGAGCAUGGAGAUUCGUCGUCGUGUCUGGUGGUCACUGUGUGUAUUCGACAGUGGUGCGACCAUAACGUUUGGCAGGCCCCUUGUCUGGCCCUUUGAAGGCAUAGAGGUCUCGCUGCCAAUGAACGUGGAUGACCGGGAACUCACACCGAUAUCUAAGUCCUAUCCGCCGGAAAGCAAAGGGGUCACUCCAUACACGGCAGUCGCAGCUCAGGCAAAAUUCCACCUGGCAACGAACGCCAUCUACGCUCGGGUGAUUUCAAAGCCUCUGCCCUCAGCUGAGGAGAUCCUUCGCUUGGACGAGGAACUACUUGACUCGUGGCUAGAGGGCAUCCCAGCUUUCUUCCGGGAGAACGCUCCCGUACCGGAGCGGUACGCCUUCGCCAAGGACGCAUUACAGUGGCGGUACAGAAACAUCCGUAUCAUCAUGUACCGCCCAUUCGUGAUUCGCAAGGCUCUCCACGCACGAGACGGCCGCCGUGAUGAUGCAUCACCGGAGACUAUGCGAGCGUACGAACGAUGUCUUGAAGAUGCCAAGAUCACUAUAUCGUCAAUUCGUGGCUACUGGGCGGUGCACGAGCACAACCGCUUUGGAGCCUGGUAUGCGCUGUAUUACAUCUUCCAAGCCGCGCUCAUCCCUUGCAUCUGUCUCCGCAACGACCCUGCCUCGCCGCAGGCCUCAGACUGGCGGGAGCAGAUCGCAACAACACUACAAACCAUUGCCUCGCUGGCGUCCGUCACGCCCAGCGCAGGCCGCUGCCACCAGGUCAUCUCCGAGCUGUGUGGCCGCUAUCUCGACGCCGCCGCCGCCACGCCAAUGUCGGCAGCGUAUCUACAGACGGACGGAUCGCAGGACGACGGUCCCCUAAUUGAGAGCAAGGACACGAUUUCCCUGGGCGGGAACUCGCCCUACGUGCCCGACGCGGGCCAGGUCUCGUUCGACGACCUGGGGCCGAUAGACGAGAGCCCGCAGACGCAGAUCAACAGCGUCUUCACGAUGAUGUGGCCUAAUGUGCCGCCCAUGGAGGCGGCGGAUCUAGUAAUGGGAGAAGACGCAUGGAUGGAUUUCUUAAUGGGCGAGGGCGCCGGGGACGAUAGUAAUGUCAACUUGGAUAAUGAUGGGCUAGGUAUGAUGUAG